AAGCACCCAAAUUUCAAAUUAGAGAGCGGAGAAGAGAUGACAAGUUUUACUUUGGAAUAAAUCACAAGUUUUUAGGGAGUGUUUAAUAAUUUUUUACUUUUUGAUUCUUUUCUUGGUCAAUGUGAAAUGCAUUUGAUGCCUAAACCAAAGGCGGGGUUUCCUUCCCUUAUGAAUUCAUAGAAUUGAAGCUAAGCGCCCACUGUUGGACAACAACGAGCAUCAAUGGCAGUGGACGUUGCAGAAUUUCAAUGGAGAAAGUUCUUGAGCUCGCUUCGAGACGCCGAGUCGGAAUUAUCAGGUUCAAUUUCCAUCACCUACUUCAGAACAAUAAAAAAUCUCAUCUCUUCCUUCAAGUCGAUCAAAAAUCGGGCCAGAGAGAUAGAUAUAAUGCCCCGCAGUCCUUACGACUACUCUGAAAUCAUCGAUUUUCUCUACAAACUCAACGACGUUUUGGCCGAGUGCCGAAUCUUCGCAAAGGAAUGCAAGGAGCUCAACAAGAAGCUCUUACUCUUCAACCCUUUUGGAUUUUACUUCAUCCAGAAGAUGAAUAAUAGACUGGAUGGAUUGAGGAAGGAGCUGGAGAGUUUGGGGGACGCCCGGGGGCUGGACAAUGACGUCGGAGAUUGUUGGGCGGAGGAGGUGGAACCGCCACCUUGUCCAGUUGUUGAUGGGUUUGAUGAGCAGGUUGUUUAUGGGUUUGAUGAGCUGGCAGAAAAAGUUGAGGACUUGCUGUGUAGGGAGGGCUCUACCGGAAAUGGGUUUACGACAAUUGGGGUGGUGGGGAUUGCUGGUGUGGGUAAGACCACCCUGGUGCACAAGGUUUUGAAAAGGGAGAGAGUAAAGGGUAAGUUUAAUCCUAUAAUUUGGUUACCCUUUUCGGGUAUGAGGGAAGAGGAAGAACAGUUUAGUAGGUUUAGCUUUGAGACGUGCAUUCUCGAUCAUUUGGGCAAAACUCUGGAUGGGAGGAUUGUUGACCUUGGUAAGAUCUUGGAAAGGCUCAACCAACUGUUUUCUGGUAAGAGGUAUCUGAUUGUGUUGGAUGAUGUGCAGCGGCGCCACAUUAACAUUGAGGAUCGCUUAUGGCGCGGAUUGCCUAAGGGUAGCGGUGGUGCGGUCAUUGUCACUAGUAGGUUAACAGAAGUGGCUCGAAAGGUGGUGGAAAAAAGGGACUUGAUUUAUGUUGAGCCUUUGGACAAAGAAAUUUGCUGGAGCAUAUUUGAGGAGACUAUGGAGAAUAACAAAGAAGUUUUAAACAUUUCACUUCACAAAACUUUGAGUAAGAUUGAGAAUGAAAUUAAGGAUCAAUGUCAUGGCCUUCCAUUGGCUGCUAAGGCGCUUGCAGGAAUCAUUCCGGAGCAGAUUCGUGAGAUUGAGUCCAAACGUUUCUUGAAGCAGAUGUAUAUACCUGACGAAUUGCUUAAACAUGAUUUGGUUGGUGAACCUUCUGUCGAUAUACCAAGCUGCCCAGUUUUAGUGUUUGUUGAUAUAAAAGAUGAAAAACUUGGAGUACAACUCUAUAACGAAUUUUGCUACCGUCUUAAUAAAAAGCAGGUCUUUUCUGUGCUGGAAGAGGACUCUGAUUCUAAGGGACCAAUAAAGGUAGAGGAUCCUGAGAGCGUGCUAAAGGAGGUUUAUGGUGCUCUACAUAAGAGUAAAAAAUUUGAGUUUGCUGAUUAUAUUCAAAAGAGGAUGAGAAUUAUAAUUGUUGGUGGGGAUGACGUGGUUAACCGGAUUCUUGGAGUUAUUUGUGAUCUGAAAUUACCAGAGUCGCCCUCCAUUGUGCCGAUAUCACAUGGGACUGAAAAUAACAUCCCACUUUCGUUUGGAUGGAAGGUGCCUAAAGUUGAUCGUCAAUCAGUGACAUCAUUCCUGGAUCAAGUACAAGCGGCACAACAGAUAAAAACUGACAGCUGGCAUAUUCUCAUUAAGAUGAAAGCUAUUCAAAGUUCUACGGAUCUUAAAGAAAUACCACACUUUUUUCAUGUAUUUCGUCCUGUUCGCAAAGGGGCUACAGAAACUGAGGUUCACAAAGGGGAUACAGAAACUGAGGUUCACAAAGGGGAUACAGAAACUGAGGUUCACAAAGGGGAUACAGAAACUGAGGUUCACAAAGGGGCUACUGAAACUGAGGUUCACAAAGGGGCGAGAGAAACUGAGGUUCACAAAGGGGAUACAGAGACUGAGGUUCACAAAGGGGACACAGAAACUGAGGUUCACAAAGGGGAUACAGAAACUGCGGUUCACAAAGGGGCUACUGAAACUGAGGUUCACAAAGGGGCGAGAGAAACUGAGGUUCACAAAGGGGAUACAGAAACUGAGGUUGACGAAGGGGAUACAGAAACAAAGGUUCACAAAGGGGCGACAGAAACUGAGGUUCACAAAGGGGCUACAGAAACUGAGGUUCAUAAAGGGGCUACAGAAACUAAGGUUCACAAGGGGGCUACGGAAACUGAGGAUAAUCUGGAAUUAUCAGGAGGAUUCUGGAGCUAUUUCAGCUUGGGAGUUGAUGCUCCAAGAUCGUGCGGAGGUUACUGGUCUACUGCAAGGUCCUUAAAAUCACUUGUAAACGUAGAGGUUAUAAGGCAUGGUCGUUUGGAACCACUUAAAAUUCCUAGCGGAAUCAAGUCAAUUGAUUGUCUUAACUUGCCAAGCAAUCUUGGGGGAUCAUCCAAUAUGAACAAAGAUCGAAAAAACAUGAAGCCGUCUGUCAUAAAUGAUGGACAGCUUGAAAUUGUCGGUUUGAAAGAAGUUUUGCUGGCUCAGAACGAACGAAUUUAUCUUGAUCAGGUACAAGAAAUUCGUUUUGAGUUUAAGGGUGCUGCAGAAUCUGUAAAGAUGAGGAUUGAUGGAUCACCAUUGAAACAACUACCACCUGGGAUUAUAGAUAUUAAAAUCUCUAGACACUCUCAAGUCAACAUUCUUGGCAACGGAGAUUGCGCGGCAAAAAGAGGUUUCCCUGACUCAUCGGAACCCCGUGCUUCUGGAACCGAUGAUAGUAGCAAUGCGAAAGAUAAGUCAACUGAGGAAAGUAGCAAUGCGAAAGAUAAGUCAACUGAGGCAAGUAGCAGUGCGAAAGAUAAGUCAACUGAGGAAAGUAGCAGUGCGAAAGAUAAGUCAACUGAGGCAAGUAGCAAUGCUCAAGAUAGCUAUAAAGGACGUAAGAAGUUUGGUUCAGCGGACACUUUCAAAUACUCUGAAACCGAGGAUAAUAGCAAUGCGAAAGAUAAGUCAACUGAGGAAAGUAGCAAUGCUCAAGAUAGCUCCAAAGCACAUAAGAAGUUUGGUUCCGCAGGCACUUUCAAAAUGCCGUAAUCCUACAGCCAUCACUCCCUGUAUUUUACUUGCCCUUCCCCCUGAAAUUACAUUGUUCUCUUACACAUUUCACCAUAUUAUAUCAAACAACUUUGCCGCAUGAAUUUCAUCUAAUUCGUCGUUGUAAAUAGUUUGGAUAUUGCCAUAACUCAUGAACUUGUAUCGAAUUUUAAGUGGAGAACAAAAGCAAUGUGUAGCAAGAGGACUUUCUUCUACUUGUUUGUCA